ACAUAUCAGCUGGGGCUUAGGGUGUAUUCUGUUAUAUACAGUCUCAUGUACAGUCCUUAUAUACAGUCUCAUGUACAGUCCUUAUAUACAGUCUCAUGUACAUCCCUCCUUAUAUACAGUCUCAUGUACAGUCCUUAUAUACAGUCUCAUGUACAGUCCUUAUAUACAGUCUCAUGUACAGUCCUUAUAUACAGUCUUAUGUACAGUCCUUAUAUACAGUCUCGUGUACAGUCCUUAUAUACAGUCUCAUGUACAGUCCUUAUAUACAGUCUCAUGUACAGUCCUUAUAUACAGUCUCAUGUACAGUCCUUAUAUACAGUCUCAUGUACAGUCCUUAUAUACAGUCUCAUGUACAGUCCUUAUAUACAGUCUCAUGUACAGUCCUUAUAUACAGUCUCGUGUACAGUCCUUAUAUACAGUCUCAUGUACAGUCCUUAUAUACAGUCUCAUGUACAGUCCUUAUAUACAGUCUCAUGUACAGUCCUUAUAUACAGUCUCAUGUACAGUCCCUUAUAUACAGUCUCAUGUACAGUCCUUAUAUACAGUCUCAUGUACAGUCCUUAUAUACAGUCUCAUGUACAGUCCUUAUAUACAGUCUCAUGUACAGUCCUUAUAUACAGUCUCAUGUACAGUCCUUAUAUACAGUCUCAUGUACAGUCCUUAUAUACAGUCUCAUGUACAGUCCUCCUUAUAUACAGUCUUAUGUACAGUCCUUAUAUACAGUCUCAUGUACAGUCCUUAUAUACAGUCUCAUGUACAGUCCUUAUAUACAGUCUCGUGUACAGUUCUCCUUAUAUACAGUCUCAUGUACAGUCCUUAUAUACAGUCUCAUGUACAGUCCUUAUAUACAGUCUCAUGUACAGUCCUUAUAUACAGUCUCAUGUACAGUCCUUAUAUACAGUCUCAUGUACAGUCCUUAUAUACAGUCUCAUGUACAGUCCUUAUAUACAGUCUCAUGUACAGUCCUUAUAUACAGUCUCGUGUACAGUUCUCCUUAUAUACAGUCUCGUGUACAGUCCUUAUAUACAGUCUCAUGUACAGUCCUUAUAUACAGUCUCAUGUACAGUCCUUAUAUACAGUCUCAUGUACAGUCCUUAUAUACAGUCUCAUGUACAGUCCUUAUAUACAGUCUCAUGUACAGUCCUUAUAUACAGUCUCAUGUACAGUCCUUAUAUACAGUCUUAUGUACAGUCCUUAUAUACAGUCUCAUGUAGGACCCUCCUUAUAUACAAGUGCCCUCAUGUAUUUGCCCCUC